CUGAAGUUCCUUGUUUUGUGGGUGUUAAAAUAUAAUGGUGAUGGUUUUUUUAUAAAGACGUGAUUUUUUGCCUUGGAAUCCAAUAUUCAAGUAUAUAAGCAAAUAGCCCAUCAGAAGGUAAAAUCCAGGAACUUCGAAGGUCAGGGAGUUUACGAUAAAUUAUAUACCCAAGGAGGGAGAUCCUGGUUGUUUAUUUACCAUUCUACCAAUAACAAUUCAUUCAGUCAAUUGAUAACCAGCUUAGUAUUUUUGGAUAUCCUGGUACUUAUAUAGUAAAAAAUCUCCUUGAAAAUGAAAAUAGGCCAUAUAUUUGUAUUCUUAAACUCUGGAUAUUUGAUGCAAGUCUGAGAAACUUCUUAAGGAGAUGAUGCAUCAAACUAUUCCAAAACCUUACAGAACCUACUCUUAAGAAAUAGCCAAUAGCACUCAACACUAGCACAAAAUGGAUAUGGGGGUCCGAAGGUUGCCAAAAAAACGUAAAUUUGAUCCAUCUGAGCUAGAUGAGGGGAAUGAGACAAAUAAUUGUAUAGCAGUUUCUGUAGUGCAAACAUUAACAAGUGCUACCACCAUUGAUUACAUCAGUAACACAAGUCUUAACAACUCCAUUAAUAGUCAGAGGAACUCUCCUGUACCUAGACCCCUUGUAGAUUUAAGUGAAUGGGAAGACCAUAGAGUAUUAGCUAAGCAUGGAGAUUGUUAUGUUCCAUGUAAAAUCUGUCAAGCUGGAAACAAUUCUAUCACAGUUGAGCUGGAUGAAAACAAGGAAAGAAAAACUUAUGAAAAUGUGUUUGACAGUGAAUGUAAUGUGAUUAGUGAUGCCAGUCCAUCAGUAAACCAGAUUACUCUUGGAACAAGGGUGUGUGUAAGGCAUAACCAGAGUUUAUUUGUUGAAGGGGUAGUUUGCAACAUUCCAGAAGAUCAACCCAUGCGUUUUGUGGUUACUGUCAUAAGAGAAGGCUCUUAUGAUAUAACUGUUAAAAGAGCAGAUCUGCGAUUACUUCGGCCACCAUGGUGGGACGAACUCCAACAAGCCAGACAACAAAAUAACGAGUUUUCUAGGAUUUCUCCCGCGACACUUCACACCCCAGUUAGUGCAUGCACACCCUUAUCCAAUGGUCGAACUUAUGAUGAGUAUUUAGAAAGUGAGGAUGAACUACAACCAGAAGGAUUUACUGAAGAAGCAAAGCUUUCUGGAGGAAGUAAAAGGAGUAGUAUGCACAGUAGAGGCUCGUCAUCCAGUAGUGUAACUCCUAGCCAACCUGCUACUCCUCACAAAUAUAAAAAGGGUGAUGUUGUUUCAAACCCAAAUGGCAUUCGUAAGAAAUUCAAUGGUAAGCAAUGGCGUAGGCUGUGUUCCAAAGAUAACUGUCAAAAAGAAAGUCAAAGGCGAGGGUAUUGCUCACGACACCUGAGUCAAAAAGGCAAUGGUGUACGUAAUACGUCGUUUUCCAGAGCAGGUAGUAAACAUGAUGGUGAAGAGACUUCCAGGGAUUCAGAAACGUCUCCUAGUGCCCAAGAUCGCAGGAUUACUGGUAGAUUUGAUCAGGAAGAAACUGAUGCUGCCAAUAUGUUAGUGUCUCUAGGCAGUUCCCGCUCUGUCACUCCAGCACCAUUCUCUCCAGGCACUGCCAGUUCACCUGUAGCUCGUAGUUUAGGGGGCGCCCCUUCCCCCGUCACUGUGGGUCCAAGACAAAAUGUCUUUUUGCCCAUUGGAGGGGGUGCCCCAUCAUACCCACCUUACCAUCAACCAGUUAUACGACCAGAACUGGUUAGGCCACAGACCACUCAGAGCGUCAUUCGAGUUUCACCAGGUCCGCGUCCCUGGAACAGUGUUGCUUCAAUUGACACUUCACAUACAUCAGUUAUGAUGCAACAUGAUUUGCCAUUAGAAGAACCUGCGACUUUGACAAGUCAUGUGGCACCUGGAUCUUUAUACAUCAUACCACACCUUCAUGAGAAAAAUUUACUUGUGAUAAAGAAUGAAAUGGAUAACAGAUUAGCUGAGGAGCCUAGACCUUUGGUGCCAAGACAGAUUAUACAAAACGAACAUAUCCGCAACACUCAACCUGCUGUCAUUGUCCAUCCAACCCAAUUAGUGCCAGUACUACCAGCCGCUUCUCAACCGAGAGGUCCAUCUACAGGGGUUAUAGUAACUCCUGAGCAAGCUGUAGAACCUAUGCCAAUUCAACCCAUUCAACAGCAACCCUUAACUCCAAAUUCAGUUCAACCUCCACAAGUAGGCAGUCCAGCUUCCGCUUUUGCUGUUCCAUGGCACACUGUGGUCCCAGUGCUGUCGAGUGCCAAUAGUCCUGCGACUAAUACUCAAGGAUCUACUUCUCCUAACAACCAUGACAUGCAUGAGACUGAAGGGGGUGAUAAUGAUCAUCAAGUAUUACGAGAGGAUGACGAUGAUGAUGAUGUUUUUGAGCCAGAUAACGGUGAUAGUUCAGGAGGAACAGAAGUCGGUAGAAAUCAAGUAGGGGCGCCACAUAGGAGGACGCAAUCUUCUAGUGGAGCUCGAGAAUCUAGAAACACCAAAGAAAGGAUUAGAAGGCCCAUGAACGCGUUUAUGAUUUUCUCUAAAAGGCACAGAGGCUUAGUACAUCAACGACAUCCAAAUCAGGAUAAUCGUACAGUGUCCAAAAUCCUGGGUGAGUGGUGGUACGCUUUAGGUGUGCCCGAGAAGAAAAAGUAUCAUGAGCUUGCUACUGAGGUUAAAGAAGCACAUUUUAAGGCUCAUCCUGAGUGGAAAUGGUGCAAUAAAGACAGGAGAAAAUCCUCUACAGGAUCGGGACGAAGCAAGUUAAGUUCAACGGGUGAUUGCGAUGUUCCAAUGAGCCCAGGUAUGAUGGAUAGAUCUACAUCAACAGGCGGAAACAAUGAAGAUGACGACGAUGAUCACUUAGUGAUUGCAGAUCCGCCUGGACACGAGCUUGACCUUAAAUGCAAGGAAAAAGUAAACGAUUCAGAUUCUGAGUCUCAUUUUGAUGUAGAAGGACCUGCCCAAACUGGUGGCUUUACCCAAGUGACCCCUACUUCAGUACCUUAUCAUUUAGGGACAUUUCCGAGGCCAGCAAGCCAUUUUAAAGGCGUGCCUUAUUCUCCUCAACAAAUAAAAUCCGAAGAACCCUGUUCUUCGGCUCCAAAUACACCGACUACUGCGUUUUCGACUGUUGGGAAUGGGUCUCUUACCAUUCUGAACCAAGGUAAUAAGGCGACAAGUGAGAACUACCAGUCUCCCUUAACGCUGUUAAUUGGUAGUAAUGGACCAUUGUGUCUUUCUGAAACAUCGUCAGAAAGGCAGCAGUUCGUAGUUCAAGUUUCUUCGACCGCUUCUUCUGAGAUACCACUUUCAUGUCUGUAUGUGCAACCACAUACAUACGAUCAACCGCGUUUGGCUUUGCAGUUGGUACCCAAGGUGGCUGCUAGUACCGCUCCUCCACACUCCGUCAUUGUCAGCCAGCCAACCAGGGUGCUACCUCAACUUGAGGAUGUAACACCUACUACUCCUAAGAGUCACAAUCAAGGUCUUUUCUACUCAAAACCCAAGUUAGAAUCCAGUCUACCAGAGGAGGAUACCAGUUCCCGCGAAGAUACAGAUGGAGAGUUUAAACUUGCUCCUACACCAGCUCAACUUGGGCGUGCACCCCUUCAAAGGCGUCAAUCAAUGGCUGUGAACCUCUCCUCUUCCGCUACAACAUCUCAGAAUAGUGUCGAGAUAAUAAAGUCCGAGAUUCAAAGCCCAUGUAGUAAAAAGAGCAUGUUUAAAAGAAAUGUUGAGGACGGGAUGGAUAAUUUGUAUUACAGGGUUCUAGAAACCGUCAAUUUUGAAGCGAAAUUUUCAUCCCUUCCGAGAUUUCAACCAUGUGAUGGUCAGUCUCCCAGUGCCAUUUCAAUAACGAGCCCCAAUGUAUUUGGCUUUAAUACUAUAAGGCGCAGGGGUGGACCCCCUCUGACCGCCCCAGCAAGAGGCCCUGAAGACGACUUUGUCGCAGGGGCAGAAGCUCCUUUAUCUCUCCCUUCUGCAAGGCCUUUGGCGGGGAAUCGCUUCUUUGGUCCAGAUUUUUCGUUAGAAAAUGUUCGAGAGCUUACUGAGGCCGACGAUGGGACUUCACCUUCUCCGAGAACACCACGAACACCGGGAAGUAAAGAUCCCGACAAAGGACAUCGAAAGAUCUUGGAGCAGCGCAGAAAGUUGGUGAUGCAGAUGUUUGGCGAACAUUCAUACUUUCCCAGUGCCCAGGCUACUUCUAAAUUUCAGGCCGAACACAGUGAUAUUUUUCCUACUAAAGCUAGCUUACAGCUUAAGAUCCGCGAAGUACGCCAAAAGCUAAUGGCGCAAGGCAACCCAUUAACUCCUUUGACUCCUAGCGCAGGCGCACCCCAAUCGGCUGGACCGCAUGAGCCCAUCAGAGUGUCUUCCAACAGCUAGCCCGGUACCCCUUCUCAUCCGUUUUCGUCUUCCCUUGGAAUGUACUGGUUACGCAACCAACACAGGUACCGGAUAAUUUAAGAGUUUAAUCACCCUAGGAAUUUUGUACCUAGUGUGCGAAUAAAUGAACUUAAAGGAACGUAUUUUAGCCGUGAUAACGAAGCACUUACGUACGUAAAUAUGAGAUUUAUAUAUGGCACUUGCGUGAAUCAUGUUAAAGCUGAAGCUAAUGUUCUUUUUUAUAGUUUUUUAUUUUACGUAUAAACAAUGUUGCAAAAAAAAGUGUUAAAUUUAUCAGUUUAAAAUUGAAUUUCGGCCAAAAACAUUUUUUACGUAAUGUACAUGGAGGUGCAGAAGGAGCUGACAGUCCCAUUAAUCUUCGUCAGCGCGCCCAUAAUUCAGCUUUACAGUGUACUUUCAACUCCUUCUUUGCUAACAUAUUGAAUAGUAGAUAUAUUUAGAGCUAGGAGACACAAGCAAAAGGGCAAUCACUCUGUACAUAUUUAUAUAUUUUCAGCUCAAAAUAUUUAUUAACAAACAUUUUCAGCACUUAUAUUUAUUACGACAGAGGGACCCAUAAUGUGCGCUAUCGUUUAGGAAUGUUUUUUUUUAAAUAUGGUCUGCGAUUUAAAGAGAAAUUGCAAUUGUCAAGAAUAUAAAUUAAAUGAUUUGAAUAAAAGCAUAUUAGAUUAUAUCCGAUGCGUUGUUCUGAAUAAUAUAAAAUAAAUAUUAGAAAAACAUUUAAAUUUAUUCUUGGUUUAGCAAGAAGCAUGUUGUAUGACCCCUUAUUUUAAGAUACAUACCUUCAGGCCUAUAGGGUUUGCACUAGAACAAAAUACCUUAUAUAUUGUUAUUUCAUGAAACUAUAAGGUAGCCAAAAAGCAAAAAAGGCGUUAAUAAAAAAAAGCAUUAUAUUUAUGAAGAAUGUUAAUUUAAACUGAAGAUAAUGAAUCUGGUUUUCCAUAUAACUUAAAUGAGAUUUUAAAAUUUAAAAAACGAUGGAAAACCCGGCUUAAUGUCAUGAUUUGGGUAAUAGCUAUUAUUAUAAUAUAUUUUCUGGUUUUAAUAAUACUCGACUUUUUACUUAUUAUUUCCAAUCAAAAAUGCAUUAUUGUUUGUUUUCCAUAUUACUAAUUUUGUUUGCGCGUUGGAUUUGUGUAUAGCAUUAAUCUUUUUAAAUAGAGUAUUAGUUUCAUAUGUACAAUUUCUCUCUACUUAUCUCUAGUUUCGUUUAUUAUUUUCGAUAUAUUUAUAGAUUAUCAACUAAAUACAGCAAUAUAUUUUGAUACGUCACUAUAUAUAAAGCAUUUUUUUAAAGCAGAACUGGCACGUUAGUUAGUCAAAGAUUUAUUGUACAUUCCUUUUAUAGCCUUUAGAAAUUAUAAUCACGUUAGCUAAUUCGAAGUUCAACAUAUUAUAUAUUUGGAUAGUGACUUGAUGUACUGUAUUUAUUUUUUAGUCGUUAAUAUCUAAUUUUACUAGAUUUAAUAUGCUUUAAUAAAUUUUCUAUUCACAACGCUAGUUCUCUGCUUUUUGGUUGCAUUUUUGUUUCAAGAUGACAAUCUGGGGUAUACGUUAGUUUAUAUCUGUGAGUAAAAAUAAGUAGCUUAAAAGAACAACCGUAUAUUAUUUAUGCGUUUAUAUUAUGGAAUAUUAUUUUACCAUGAAACUAACUGUUUGAUAGCGUCUUGUCCUUUUUAAAUAUUAAGUAAGCCAAUUUAAAAGUCCUGUUCUCUAAUUUAUAAAUUUAGUGUAUUCUAUGGUGUUUCAAAUUAGUAAAACAAGUAACUUAUCAAUUUAUUAUCCCAUUAUGACUUUCAGUGCACUGCAAUAUUCACGGUAAUAAAAAAUUCUAUUAUGGUUAUCGUGAUAAUUUUUAACCGUCUUUUUACAAUAAUAUUUUAACUUACAACCUGUCGAUUUAUUAGAUCCUGGCUGUAGUAAUAAAGUUUUUAAUAAAGUUUAAUAAACUGUAAGAGAUAAAUUCUUUAUUAAGUAGAGGGAGUACAGGGCCAGCUAAAAAAAAUAAAAAAACUAAAAUAUUGCCAGUGCAGGUAAGGUUUGGUAGUAGGCUGGAGGAAGAGUUUAAAAAUAAAGACUUAUUAGAGUAUGAGGUGCUUAUUUUCCAAGUAAUCUUAACCAUGGAACACCUAAUAGCUGAACUACAGAAUGAUACUAAUUAAAAUCUAGAGUACAUUAAUUUUAAUAUUUUUUAAACACCAAAAACUAUAUAAUAAUAGAAUCAUUAUUUUUAAAUACAAUAUUAAUUAUCCUGCCUGGCAUCCUAGUUUUUUUUUGUUAUUAGCGAAAUGGAUUAUUUAAAAGUUAAAUAAAGUGAAAAUUAAAUAAAAAGAUUAAAUUUUAAUCGCAAUUAACCAAACAUAAUUUUAGUAUCUAUAGUACUUACAUAUCUUUUAAACUAUUCAUAAAUUUUAUGUAUUUUGUGAUCAGUUGGCCAAAAUUCUUAAAUCAUAUAUAACUCUUAAGAAUUUUUUAAAGAAGUCUGUUUAAAAAAUAGUUUUCUUGAUAAUAUCCAGUGUGGAUACAUAUUUUUUUCAUGCAGAACGUUUACUUACAAUAUUUUAUUUUAAUAAUAAUUAAUAAAGUUAAUUAUCAUUUUUGCGUCCUCUGCAGGCCAAAGUAAACGGAAAAUAACUUUAAAUAAAGCUGUGACCUGAACCCAUUUGAAAGCUUAUUUUGCAUUUUUUGUGUAUUCAGGUUGUAAUUUAUGGGAGGUUAAAAACAUCAGAAAAGGUAGCAUAAAAUACAAUUGUUAUUAUUUUUAGGGUACCAGUGUUUUUAAACUAAAAAUAGUUAAUCCACAUAUGAUAACCAUUAAUAAGUACGACGGUUGUUGUAGUUUCUUAUAACGACUCCAUGGCCAGAUUAUUUCAAUUGUGCAUUUAUCUAAAACACUAUUUCAAAAAAUAUAUCUUAUAAUAUUUAAAUGCUUAAAAUAUGGAAUUACAAAAAAAGUAGUAACAACUUUUAUAAGAUUGUUUUUUAAUUUCUGAUACAAUCAUUCAUUUUACAUCCAUAGUGUCAAAUAUAUGUUAAAUCGAUCAAGGACACACUCCGUACAGAAAUGUUUAAUUAUAAAAUUAAAACGAUAGCCUAAUUAGAUUAUUCCAAAAUAAAUUUUAUGGGAAAAAUUGAAUUCAUAACAGAGUUAAUUCAUUUGUUACUUCGUGAAUACUAUUUAUAUCAUCCAAUUUGUGAUUUGCUUUUUUAGAUGUAUGUUAAAUUGUUAAAUGAAUUUCAUCAAUUAAAUUUUAUUAUUAAAUUUAGUGGUGCUCUUUAUUGUUUUUUUUUUAUUCAAAAAAUCGUAGGGAUUCGUUAAUCCAUACAAUAUAUAUUAUUUUCAUUUAUAAUGCACGGUGCAAUAAAAAAUAGACUCGAUAGUUUAUAUGUAGUGUAAAUUUGUAAUAUGUUGACCAUUUGUGAUUAUACUUAAGAAUGUUUAAAAUACCUUACUCGCAAUAAUUUGUAUGUAUUCGUCGUUGCAAGUUUGUAUCAUAGUUAUUUUAUAUAUAAAGUGAUAUGUGCAACCGUAUCAUAUUAAGGGCUGUCAAGUAACUGUUUGCCGAAUUAAUAUUAGAAAAGAAAUUACAUCGUUUCAUAGAAAAGACCUCAAACAAAUAUUAGGCUAGAAUCUCAUAAAUCAUAUUCGAAAUAAAUUUUUUAGCAUUCAAAAUUAAAUGAUAUAUUCAUAAAAUUUGAAAAAGUUUGGGAUUUAUAAAUAAAAACAUCAAAAUUUAAUUUAGUAACCAUUUUUUUUGCCAGGCCAAGAAUGUAUUCGGUUGUCGUAUACAAAGUAUACUUAUGUGAUACUCUCAAAAAAUGUAUAAAAGCGGAGCUGCAGAGAUUUUUUGCCUUUUAAUAAAAAAUAUAAAUACUAGAAGAAAACUUAAUAUUUCAUGGUAAUUAUGAGUCAUAUGAAAAGCAGGAGAAAAUUCUUUAAAAUGGCACUAAACCAUUGACUGCUGUCCCAGUGCUUUUAGGGUUUGGACAGUUUUUGUAUUAUAUAUAUAUAUUGAUAUUUUUCCAGCCUUAAACCUUAAUUUGCAGUAUCAAUGGACAACCCUUUUAGAGGGCAGUGACAACUAAGGUGCUCCAAAUUUUAUUGCUUCGUUAUCCUUGUAACAAUAAACGAUACAAGCUUGAGUAAAUAUACUUUUAAUAUUUUUAUUUACACGCAGCGAUUGAAUUUUAUUUAGCGGUCUGCUUACGAUAAGUGAUUCAGUCUAUCCAUAAAUUGUCUUAUUUGUAUUGUUAGUUUUCAUAAUUUGUAUGGGAUCUUUUCUACAUAGUUGAAUUUGUGAAAAUAUGUGCAAUAUAUACAGAUACUUACAUAUUUUUUUGAGAAAGGUGAUUAUAUUUAAUUAAUUAACUUAGGGAGUAUUUUAUGGCCCAUUGUUCGAUUAUAGUUUUAGGGUAUAACAAAUAGUAGAAUAUCAACCUGUCAUAUUGUGCCAAAUUAUUUUUCACUUAUGUCACUUCUGUGUUUUAUUAAAAAUAUAUAACAUGGGUACCCAAUUCAAGUUAUCGACAUAAUUAGUUACGAAAAAUAUUUAAUAAAAACAAGUAUAAAUAGACGUAUUGUUACUACGUAUACGAGUCACAAGUAAAGGUCUAUGAGCAAAACUAUGCAUUAUAUAAUACAUUUUUUAAUGAACAAAGUUUGGUACAAGUUGAGGACCUUCACUGAUAUUGUUAAUAUAAUGAGAGGCACCCGCUUUUAUUGUCAAUUUUUACUUAAUAAUUAAGUUGAUAUUAGUUAUUAAGUUAGAGCCGUUUAAUUUAAUAUUUCGCCUGUCUAUUUUGAAAGGAUUUUUUAAGAAUCCUGUUAUUUCAAAAGUAUGUUGACAAUUUUUUUUUGUGAAUGGUUGUGUUUUUAUACAUACUAUCUUAAGUUAUGUGUAUUAAGUUAAAUAAAAGCUGUAGUAGCAUUUCAUGAUCUCUUUGACAUAAUGAAAAAUUAUGCACACCUUACGUUGAGUAUAUAGCGUGUAUAUACGACACUUUUAGUAGUAUUUGUACAUCAUAUAAUUAUGAUCACAAAUCCAUUAAAAAUAAAAAUUGUAUGAAAUUUA